GAUGGCCGGUGUGUGGGGUUUGUGGUGGUGUGUGCGGCGCUGGUGUCCGGGGCCGGGGCGGUGGAGAGUCUGAGGGCCGGAGAUUCCUUCCAGGAGGAGCUGCUCCUCACCCCGCUCCGCUCUGGGGACAUCGCCGCCACCUUCCAGUUCAGAACCCGACUGGACUCCGACCUGAGGAGGGAGAAAGUUUCUCACUACAGAUUAUUUCCCAAAGUUCUGGGUCAAGUAAUCUCCAAGUACUCCAUCCAGGAGCUGCACCUGUCCUUCACGCAGGGCUUCUGGCGCACAAGAUCUUGGGGUCAGCCUCUUCUCCAGGCACCCGCCGGGGCUGAGCUCUGGGUUUGGUUCCAGGACACUGUCACAGAUGUCGAUAAAAACUGGAAGGAGCUGACUAACAUCUUGUCAGGGAUUUUCUGUGCAUCGCUAAACUUCAUUGACUCCACUAACACAGUGACUCCAACUGCAUCUUUCAAGCCCCUGGGAUUAGCCAACGUGACAGAUCACCACCUGUUGCGAUACGCCACUCUACUAGGGAAAUUGUAUGCACAGAGUUCUUACCCCAUGAAGAAGCUGCUGCCUUGUGGCUCAAAGGUGGGCCUAGCCUCCCUAUUAGAGGCAGAACGUCUGUAUUACAGCAGCUACCACUCCCAGUCUGUACAUAUCAGGCCAAUUUGUCGGGAACCAGAUUGUUCAAAAGUCUCCUGGGAGCUGCGCCAAUCCUUAACAUUGGUGUUUGAUAUGUUUACCAACGGACAGGGGAAAAGAGAUUGGUCAAUAUUUAAGAUGUUUGCUCGAACAGUAACAGAGCCUUGCCCCCUUGCAACACAAAGCAAGAUCUAUGUGGAUUCAUCUGGAUUUCAUAAGGAGCUUGAUCUGUUUGAGGUGACCCCUCCAUCACCUUUGGAUGUACAGGUUUCGAUCCACGGGGAUCAGCGAGUGUACACAGUGUAUGAUCUUCUAGAACCCGGCUUCUUCAAUACUUCCAGAAAUCUUAAUGUAGCAUUGAAGUGGAAGGGGGGCUCUGCUGACUCGGGCCAGCCACGGCCCCCUGUCUUUCAUGCUGAACGCUAUGUGAGUGGUUAUGGUCUUCAAACUGGCGUGAUUAAUACCAUGAUUUACAACAACCACCAAUACAGAGCCUUCCCUGUUAUGAUACUAGAGACUGUUCCCUGGUACCUCCGACUGUAUGUCCACACACUGACCAUCCUCACCAAAGGCAGGGACAACAAGCCAAGUUAUAUUCACUAUGUGCCUGCAAAGGAUCGCCAGCGCCCCCCAUCUCCUUGAGAUGUUAAUUCAGCUGCCACCUAACUCCAUCACAAAGAUUAGUAUUCAGUUUGAGAGAGCUUUGCUGAAGUGGACAGAGUACCCACCAGAUCCGAACCAUGGAUUCUAUGUCAGUCCUUCAGUAUUAAGUGUUCUGAUCCCCAGUGUAAGGAACCUGAAAACGGAUGAGCUAGAGGAAAGCCCACUUUUCUCCACACUUUUUCCAUCAUCAGACAGUUCCAGCUACUUCAUGCGGUUGUACACAGAGCCUCUCCUAGUGAAUCUACCUACACCUGAUUUUAGCAUGCCCUACAAUGUUAUCUGUCUGACAUGUACUGUAGUAGCUGUGGGCUAUGGGUCUUUCUACAACCUUCUCACAAGGACUUUCCAGGUGGAGGACACUAAGCAAGGAGGACUGGCAAAGAAGAUUGCCAACCUAAUUCGUAGGUUGCGCGGUGUGCCUCCUUUGUGA